AUGGCACCAUCUUCUCUACAAGUCUGUGCAUUGCUGCUGGCUUUAGGAGGAUUCACCAUUUCACUUAUUACUACCAUGUCCAACAGAUGGAAAAUUGCAGACACCACAACAGUGCCGGUUGCUACCGACUGGAUUUCUGAAGGUCUUUGGAGGGACUGUGCAGUGACUGCUUCUGGAUCAGUAGAGUGCAAGAAAUGUCCCUACAUGUUGAGUUCAGACACUCAUGUUCAGGCAUGUCGUGCCUUGAUGAUUGCUUCCAUUCUUCUGGGAUUCAUAGCUGCAGUACUCUCACUGCUUGGUUUGAAGUGCACAAACAUUGGGUUGAGUGAUGAAGAAGCAAAAAUGAAGUUUACUGUCACAGGAGGAUUUCUCUUUAUUUUAGGAGGUCUCUGCUCCAUGGUGGCUAUUUCUUGGUAUGCUGCGAUGAUUACUGCUCAGUUUUUUGAUCCAUUUUAUGCUGGAACCAAGUAUGAACUAGGAGAUGCUCUGUACUUAGGCUGGGCUGGAUCUGUUCUUUAUAUGCUCGGUGGGAUCUUAUUGACCUGUUCAUGUAAAGGGAAGCAAACCAAGGAUUACAGUCCCAACAGAUACCCAUAUUCAGCAGGCCGGGCAGCUCAUCAGCAGCACAUUUACACCAAAGACUCUGAGACAGUCAUAAGCAACAAGGAGUAUGUCUAAAUGUUUUACAUCACUUGUAA